AAGAAAAUUUCAAACACCUACUGCCUUAAAUAUUUCCCUUCUUUGCCUUAUCCUACCCAUUUCUAACUCUCUCCUAUCCUUUUUAGGAUCCAAUCUCCUCCGUACAAAGAUGUCCAUGGCCGGAUGAGAAGUUUUCCUUGAGGCGAAACUGAUUCCAACUCACUCCAUCCAGAGAUGUCAAUCAAUGUCUUUCCCUCCCGCCGCAAUUUCAUGUCCGACAACGGGUUUUCUGACCUUGGCGGAUCAUUCGACGACACUGCUAAAUCAAUGUUCGAAAAUUGGUCAAAAUCAGUAGACAAAAUGAUCGGGGGAGCAAUACUGUAUUUACUGGUGAUGCUUGCGAUCGCCCUCACGAUCAUCAUUUGUUUAAAACGGGCUGGAAUGACGGUGUUAACAAGCUAUCUUUCGAAAUCCAACAGCAACGUCCGAAAAAUCCCAUCACCGGAUCUAACCGUUGUUACAGACAACUAUAUCACUGCAACUGCACCAUUGACAUUCAUGGCAAUUCCAGACCGGCAGGCCCAAAGGGCAGCAAUCGAUAUAUUUUUCAGCGACAUGGCAAGAGCGAGGCCCAUCCAGUUUUCACCACAGCAAUUAGAGAUUUUCACUCACAAUUAUACCACAAGGUUGGGCUCCGGAGGCUAUGGAGUAGUCUACAAAGGAGAGUUUCCGAACGGGAUGCAAAUCGCCGUUAAGGUCAUCAAAGGGCAAUCGGAGAAAGAGGUUGAAGAGCAGUUCAUGGCGGAAGUGGGUACUGUAGGUAGGACCCACCAUAUCAAUCUGGUCAAGCUCUACGGAUUCUGUUUCAACCCAGAGAAGAUAGCACUUGUUUAUGAAUACAUGGGCAAUGGGUCAAUCGACAAAUUAUUGUUCGACAAGGACCGUCUGAUCGGGUGGGACAUCUUGCAUAAGAUCGCAGUAGGGACAGCGAAGGGGAUCGCAUAUCUCCACGAGGAGUGCGAUCCAAGGAUAAUUCACUACGAUAUCAAGCCGGAGAAUGUUCUCCUCGGCGCAGAUUUCACUCCCAAGGUUGCAGAUUUCGGGCUGGCGAAGCUAUGCACUAGGAACCGAUCGCUGGUAACCAACAACAAAUUUAAGGGGACGCCAGGUUACGCAGCACCAGAGAUCUGGGGCCGGAAUCCGAUCACCCAUAAAUGCGAUGUGUAUAGCUUUGGUAUUUUAUUGUUUGAGAUUGUGGGGAGGCGGCGGCACGCCGGUGAUGAUCCGAGCGAAAAUGAGGAGUGGUUUCCAGUGCAGGUUUGGAAGGGUUUUGAGAAUGGAGAAUUGGCAGGGCUGUUUGGUGUUUGUGGAAUUAGCGGCGGUGAUGGAGAGAGAGCAGAAAAAAUGGUGAUGGUGGCUCUGUGGUGUGCCCAACGCCAGCCUGAGGCAAGACCGGUCAUGAGCGACGUGGUGAAGAUGUUGGAAGGGAGAGCAGAAAUUCCCAUGCCACCGAAUCCGUUUCAGCAUCUUAUUUCAUCUGGUCGGAGUGGAAGUGUAGCUGAUUCAAGUAAUGCAACGGAAACUAAGACAAAUGCAACUGCUGUAGAUUCAAGUUUCCAAACAGCGACCGAUACAAUUGCAAUCCUAGUGGAUCCUAGUUUGGAAACAGCAACAGAAGGAAUUGCAAGUGUUGCAGAUUCAAGUAGUGCUGAUAUCUGCUCUUCCAUUCCAAUCAUGAGCAAGUAUGAGAUUCAACUGGUGACCUUACCCUGACUGAUAUGCAAUGUUUUCUUUCUCGCUAGCAUGUUACUUUGAUAUAACAUCCAACCCGUUACAAAGGUGGGCCGCAUGAUAUAGCUCACCUAGGGCGAAAACCAGGAUGGCCAAUCGAUCGGUUAGGCUACAUCAUCAACAUCAAUGGAUGGGUGGAUUGCUCCAAUUUUCGUUCCAGGAGAUCGUCAUGGUAUGGCCCACAUUUUGCGGGAAGAAUUUGGAUAAUUCAAUCUCCUUAGUCUAGUUUUCAUACAGUGGUCCAUUCAGAAUCACGUCAUGUAUUUAUUUUUUUUCUAUUUAUUAAGGACUCAUUUGUAUGUGUGGG